CACCCAACAGAGGUCAUCCCUCUCCCCAUCUUCGAUGCUUCAUAAAGCUCUCUUCUACUAUCUUCACCUCACACUACCACACAAACAAAAUCUCUUUUCAUGUUUCCUCUGUAGUAGUGGCAACUGGUUCACCUAAACCGUAAACCAAGGCCGCAAACGAUCUUUACGCUCACGCUCGCAUUCGUUUCUCGCUGCUUGCACAAAGCCCCUCUACACAACCAGCUAACAUAACCUAACAAACACGAUAAACUGAGUAAUCGCGGAGAUGUAACAACAAAAACAAAUGAAUACCGAGCGAGGAAAAGCUCGCAGGAGUUGACAUAUGACCACAAGGUCCGUAACAUAUUGUGAUAUAUCAUUAAAACGCGUGUUUUGAAAAUGUGGCCAACGAAUUCAGCGAAAUGUUGGACGAAAAUCGCGUUCUACUUGUUCCUAUUGAUGGAUAUCGUCCAUGGAUAUCUGAACUUUUAUCUUAGCUCAUCGGAAGUGCAUCGUCUUCUUGGACUUGAAAUGGAAUUAUUCUACGUCCGAAAUGGUACUGUAAAUGACUACGCAAUGGUCUUUGUUGUGCCUGUACCAUCAAAAAUAGAUACUUUACAUUUCACAUGGGAAAGUUUCGCUGGACGCCCUCUUCCAUAUUCAAUCAGCGUGGAUGUAACAGAUACCAUUGCUUUGGGUCACCCUAAACUAAACAUCACCUCCACUGGUUCAGUCCCUAUGUCCUUACAAACAUUCAGUGUGAGUCUACCUUGUUCCGGAGUAAUCUCAGCGGAUGUAUCCGUGACGAUUCAAGUAAACAUCACGGUUAUGCCUUUAAACAUAACAACUUUAACAUUUAACCGGAAGAAAAUCUGCACUAAAAUGGAUUCUCAUCUCGGGAAUCAAGUCCACGUUGAUUCUUUAUCGAAACAAUAUAAAUCAACGAAUAUAUUCUACACUGCAGUUGGUUGUGCGAUUGCUUUUGUCGUUAUAAUCGUGAGCAUAAGUUUGGUUGGGUGUUAUUUCAAAAAUCAGAAACUAAUGCGUACAGGAAAAGCGAAUAAUACUCAAGCACACACGACUUAUUUAACAUCCGCGCCAAGAAACCCAACGUCCACAUCUUCCUAUGGAAGUUUUCGUAGAAUGCCGAGUUAUUCUUUGAUUGAUGAACGAUCAAAGGAUUUACGUGAAAGAAUCGCUGAAUUAACAAUCAAAAGAUGCAGAGUGAAUCUCAACAGUGUUAUCCUCGAAGGAACCUUCGGAAGAGUCUACCUAGGAUCAUAUACAAAUGACACAGGCGUGGAGGAAGAAGUAAUCAUCAAAACAGCGACUGAUCAUGCAUCACAAACACAAAUCUCUUUACUUUUACAAGAAGGAAUGUCAAUGUAUUCACUGAAUCAUAAAUACAUUUUGACUAUAUUAGGCGUGUCGAUUGAAGAUAACACAGCGCCGUAUUUAUUAUAUCCGUAUCAGAACUAUAGCAACAUGAAAGUAUUUCUGCAGAAAUGUAAGAGUAACGCAGAAGGUGUUGCUCACACGUUGACGACUCAAGAGGUUGUGGAUAUGGCUUUGCAAGUGAUUGAAGCUAUGCAAUAUUUGCACAAGAAACAUUUGUUACAUAAAGAUAUAGCAGCCAGGAAUUGCAUAAUCGAUGAUAAAUUGCAAGUGAAAAUUGCUGAUAACGCACUGUCAAGAGAUCUAUUCCCGUCGGAUUAUCAUUGUUUGGGUGAUAAUGAGAAUCGUCCGGUGAAAUGGCUGGCAAUUGAAAGUUUAUUGCAUAAAACAUUCUCAGCUAGUUCGGAUGUUUGGGCUUUCGGUGUGUUAUUAUGGGAAUUGACUACGCUUGCGCAACAGCCUUAUGUUGAGAUUGAUCCGUUUGAAAUGGCGGCGUAUCUUAAAGAUGGCUAUAGAUUAGCACAACCUAUAAACUGUCCAGAUGAAUUAUUUGCUGUAAUGGCGUAUUGUUGGGCGAUGAGCGCUGAAGAACGACCGACAUUUUCACAACUUCACGUCUGUUUACAAGACUUUUACGCACAGUUGAUUAGAUAUGUUUAAAUAACAUAAGCAUAACUACAUGUGGAAUUGAUGAAAUGUUCCUUUUUUACACGAAUAAUGAUUGCUGAAUGCAAUACGUGCCAAAAUUUAAUUAUUCGGCUUUUUAUAAGACUGUUUUUUUAUAUUAUAUAUUAUUUUAUAAAUACUAACGCAGCGAAUGAUUGUCUAUUAUAUCGAAAUACGUGACGGUUUUAAAGGAAGAGUGCUUAUUGUGUCUCUAAAAAUAUCGCUUUUUAUGGAGAGAUAUUGUCACACGGGCCUACUGCGAACGCCAACUGUAGAAAUAAGUAAUCAACGUCGCGCAAUGCUUGGAAAUCACUUGCGAUUUGUGCAAUUUUAUACUAACUACGUUUUAUACACUUUUGUUAGCAUGUAAGCGUAUUUAUUGUCAUAAGCAGUGUGUAAACAAUGCCUAUUUUCUAUGUUUUAUACUUUAAUUGUGUAAAUAAAUGUCAGCGUAAAGAAAUAACAA